GCUUGCACAUCGGAUACGGAUUUAGUUCGUAUGGCGCUGUGCCACAGACCACACGUAGCUUGAGAAGCGCUCGCCGCCACGAUACGUCACCAUUUCCGGUGGGCACCCGCGUGCCAGGAUGAGCAAAAAAACGCACGAAUCUCGCUGCGUUUGAGUCGCACGCAGGAAGUAAAGAUAUUAUACAGUGGUAGUGUGCCCGGAGCUCUGUUUUUUGUGUGUUUUCUAGCAUUGUAACAACGUUUUGAAUGGUAAUGGGAAGUGCGUUUGGGACUCGUGGUCAGUUGUCAGCAACAGUGGAGCAAAAUGUGCCGAAUUGUCCAAGAACAGCUAAGGUGAAAGUGUAUUUAGUAUAUCCAGCAUAAAACGACACACAAGAAAAAAACGAUACCAUGUGCUACGAUAAAUUGCUGGACAAGUGUUGAGCCCGAGUGUGGUACCCGUUCCCCCCCCCCCCCCCCGCCCCCCCCGAGCCGCGGUGUGGUUAGAAUCAAGCCGUGAUUAUAAACAUGUAACAACCUUCCCGUGUGUGUCUGUGUGUGUUGUCUCCCGUCUGAGCUAAAAGACAACCGAAACCGAGCAGCACAGGCCACGCACACCCGAUUCAUGCUUCCCGGAUGCGCCGCCAAGGCGCCACCACACCCUUCGCACACCGCACACGCACGCAAAGCCGCCAAACCCUCGCUCCCCUUUCCCGCUCCUCAUGAGCGGCCGAUGCAAGGAAAAGCUCCCGAACCCUGGUUCACGCGGUGGUUAGCAAGCGCCACCGUUUGCCUAUAAAUAGUGGCAUAAUUGGUUUAGUGUGUGGGUGUGUAUGGGGAAGCGAUUGGGCUCAAAAUAGGCCCCAGGAGUCGCGGGUCGCGCCAGCAGGGAAAGGAAGAAAAGGGAAGAAAAACAAAAAAGAAAACAACAUUCCCGCUCACUCCCGGAGGAGCGGGAUGGAUUGUUGCAGCAGCACUACUACUGCCAGCUACGCAGACUACAGGCAGCACGCGAUGAACGGCAACUUCUGCUACCCGUACGCGCCCAGCAUGCUGCGCAGUGCGUCACCGUACCCGUUGGCCGGCGGCGGCGGCGGCGGCGGUGGUGGAGGCGCCCGGUACGGCACUAGCUAUCGAUCUUCCCCGCUGCCGGGCGGCGGCUACCAUGGGGCCGCCUCGCCGCACGCCCCGUACGAUGGGUACGAUAAGUACUACGGCGGCGGCUACGGGCAUCACGGACCGUCGGGCUACGGCAGCGGUUACUAUGGCAACUACCACCCGUCGGCCUACCGGGACUAUGGUCCGGGGCACUACAACGGCCACUACUACCACCAAUCACAGUCACCGUACGCUCGGGCAGGUGGUGGUGCGGCCUCGCCCAUGUACGGUGGCUACCUGUACCCAUCGGCGGCGGCGGCGGCGGGCCGCCAUUAUGGGGCCACUUCCAGCCUCCAGCAGCAGCAUCAUCCGUUCGGUGGUUCCCGCGACCCGUACCCCUAUCACGGGCAGCGGGAACAACAACACCAGCAACAGUAUUCGAGCUUCGCCAACUACACUCACCUGCCACCGUACCGGAACGGCGCGCAUCCUGAUCAUCCUGCUGGGGGGAAAUCACACCAUCAGCACCCACAGCAGCAGCAGCAACAGCAGUUUCCAGCGCACCAAAGCUUCCCAGGAAGUCACAACGAACGGGGGAUGACGACGGGUGGUGGAGGAGGCGGCAGCAGCAGCAGCAGUAACAGCCACACCAGCAACGGCGGCAGCAGUAUGGUCGGUGAUGGUCCACCGUCGAACACCACCACCAAUACUGCUUCGUCCGGGUAUGGGUCACCGGGCACCGAUUACACGCUGCCCGGUUCCUCCUACAGCUCGGGGGAUAGUCCACCCCACCAGCAUCCACCAGCGGGCGGGGACGAGCGGGAGUCGAGCGGCGGUGCUACCUCCCGCACACCCACCGCAACACCCACACCAGCAGCGGCACUCGCUCUCGGUGCAGCAACAGCAGCAGCAGCAGCAGCAGCCGAGUUCCCGCUCAGCACAAAGGACACCCGUAUGCGAAAGCCCAAGGAGCGCAAGCUGCAGCGUGCCGCCAAUGGAAACGGCGGUGGAGCUGGUGGUGACAGUGGCCAUGGCAGCCGGUCCGGCAGCCCAUCGGCAACCGUGAACGGGUUAAGCAGCGGGAGCAACGGUGCGACAAGGAUGAAAUCGCUGGAUGCACUUACAAAUUUGUGCUGGCCCGAAGAGGAUCAAUUUCCUGGACGAAUGCGAAAAUACUCAACCGCCAAUGGAUUGAAAGGCAGAGAUGGAAACAACAGUAGAAAGGAAACCAACGAAUUGGAAGGUGGCACCGCGGCGUCCCCCAGCCGAACUGCCGGCCCAACGAGACGCACGAAAAAGCAGACCAGCAAGCAGUCGAAGGAAACGAAAUCAACGUCCGCCGAAAGUAGGGAAAAGCAAACGAACAACAGUGCCACCACGGUGACGCCACCGGUAGAAAUCAAGCACGUAACUCCGCUGCCGGGCUUCCAGCAAGCGUUCGGUUCCACCGAGAUCGGUAAGUUCUCGGAGGUGUUCUUCAACAGCAGUCCAACGUCAGCGAACCACAGUCCACCGACGCCACCGGCUCAUCACCAUCCGCUCCAGCUGCAACAAGAACAACAUCACCAGUCCGGCCAACAUCAGCAGCAGCAGCAACAGCAGGGGCACCAGCAGUCGGGUGUGGCUCAUCAAUCACAGCACGGCACAACCACCAUGCAGCAACUCGUCAUGGAAUCGCUCAAUGCGUACGAAUCCGACGUGGAUACGCUAAGCCCACAGCCCUGGGAGGCGCACGGAGCGGCUCCACCGGUGGACGCGUACGACAGCACACCGGGCACCACCGGGUACGGUCUGCCGAUCAGUGCCAGCCACUUUCAUCCGUCGUACUACGAAUCGUCAUCCUACUCCGACCAUGCCGUCGACUCGCCGCUGGGAAACUAUUUCAGCGAAAUGACAUGCAACGAGUUUGUGAACUAAACUCUAGUUGGCGAAGCUAGAUGAUUGGGACCUCGAGCUCAGCAUAACGGAACGUCCAACGGAACUAUUUGAGGAAAGCUGGAAAUACUCCCACAAACCUUGUAGCUGUAAUCCAAACAGUUGUUUUAAUGCCAAAGGCAAAACGAAGCUCGCCAAGAGGCGAAAAUGCAAAACAAAAUGAUAUUCUGCAACGGUAGCAAUGGAGCCGCGGGCAGAGCAGAAGUGUCAUGUAAAAUAGAUCUCAAAUUGAUUCAUGUUGGAGGCGCUAGGGUAAACGUGUCAAUAGUGGUUGUGGUGAACCCAGUAUGCAGUGUUCUCUGACCUUCCUUAAGGUGUCGAUUACAUCAAUUUACGGUCAAAAGUAUCCAAAAAAGGCUGAAAAGAUUACUUAUUUACAAAAAUGUAACACUAUCAUUCCAGCUUGCUUUUCGUUUCAUGUAAGCAAAGUCUUAUUUUUGACACUACUUCUUCAAUUUUAUUGAAAAAGAAAACGAGAACAUGUCCAUAUUGGUUGGUUUCUUACUGUAUCAGUAUAUGUCGGUGCAAUAGUAUUGAUUGUUAGCAGAAAAAAGGCACCUAAAUUGAUUUCUUGUUACUGAAUCAGAAAAAGUUCGAUUUUAAUCACUUGAUCCAAUUUUUCUCAUCGAUAGUGGAUAAUUGAACCGUGUUUUGCAUUUCAUGGUUUGACUAUCAUAUGUGAAGGAGAAUAAUUCAAACCUACAAGAAACUGGUGUAAGAUAGGUAGCGACCUCUGCAACUCUUACAAUUAGAUCAGCAAAAAAUGAAGCUAAACAUUUAUCAACAAUACUACGACAACUUUAAUGUACUCAGCGUAAACAGAAGCACAUGUUUGGCAUUAUAGCUCGAAAAUAAUACUUUUUUCUUCUACUUGGUGUUACGUUCUACGCAAACAUGGCGGCCAGGUUUUAGAGAAUAAUACACAUUGCAUACUUACAUUUGAGCUAACUUAUCGAAAAGCACCUCUAUUUGUAUCCUAUCCAACUAUUUCUUACGUAUGCAAUAUGGUGUCAAGUCUAUUUAGAAUGUAUCUCCAAGGGACAUACAGUUUAGAAAGACAUUGUAUAAGUUCUUUUUUUUUUAAAGCGUCUUUACUUCUUGUCGUACUUAUAUUUAGACAAAUAUAUAUGGAAAACGACGAAAAUGUUCAACAAUCCAUCGCGUUGAAGCUGUAUUGGAGAUCAACUUCACUUUAUUCGACAAUUGGUAGAAAGUCUUGACACCAUUCUGGCUGAUGAUUUAUUGAGGAUAAUUUAAAAAUGAAACUUUAACACAAAACAGUACUGUAAUUGAUGCUCUAAAAGCAUGAUGAACUAUGCGAAAAAACGAUGCUUCACUGAAAAAAUCGCACACGAAUUGGAUAUGAUGUAAACAGUGACGCUUUGUGAAUAGUUAGCUCAAAUAGUAAGUAUGCAAUUACCUAUGAAGUAUUGCUUAUUAUACUCGAACUACGAUGCCCAGUAAAAGUCUGCGAUAGCGCUGAGUACGUUAAGCUUUCCGUAGCUAUCUUUAAAAAUGUUAAAUCUUUUAUUUUUUCUACUAAAGUAGCAAACGUUCUAUUGCUAGUUCCAUUUUCCUGAUAAUUUGUACAACGUUUCCCAAAUCCUUCCUUUCGUGAAGCAAACUUUCAUGGUGCAAUUUUGCACUAACGAUUAGAAAAGUGUCAUCAUGUGGUUCUUCUAAAACUCAUCUAAAACAUGUUUUAGAUAUAUGCUACUCUAUGUAUAUAGUUUUAUUACUCUUUUUAAAAUAAUUAUAUACUUGUUUAAACAACGAUAAACUACACCACCGUUGGCAUAUUUACCCCGUUAGCCUAGAUCGAUUUAAAACAAGAUGGAAAAAGGAAACUGCAGAGUGAAAUGAUGCAAAGCCAAAGUUAGUUAAAGUUCAUGCAUUAGACAUAUUACCUAUAUACCUAUGUAAGAGCGAUGUUCAACCUACUAGCAUCAACAUCGUUACGUGUUUUGUACAUAACAUGCGUUAGAGCACAUCCGUCACAAACCCGACACAUUCCAACGCGCGCUAUGCUUAGCCAACUUCACCGUGCAAGUGUGGUCCGUAAGCAACAGGUGCAUGUAGCGCAUACGGUGCCAUUAAACCGCUCCCACUUUUUUCUGACUAGCCAAUUCGGAUCAGGUGUUCCAGUCAGGAGUAAAGCGUGCACAUUUCUCUCUCUCUCUCUCUCUCUCUCUCUCUCUCCCUAUCUCUUGUUUGUGCGAUAACGAGGCUCCGAUUGCACAACAAUUAUAAUCAACCAACCAAUCCGUGUAGUAAAGGCGAAACAAAAAUGGAGAAGCUCCAAAGCUGCAUUGAAAACUAGACAUCCACAACAUUCCAUUUAGCGGUCCCAAAGAAAGGGCUUAACUCGAGAACGUCCGGAAAAACGAUAGCAUUUUAACACAAAUGAAAAACAUACACAUACACACCCAACACCAUGCUUCGUUACGUGGAGUUUACAGAAACUUAAACUGUUUUAGAGAUUUCUUCCACCGGUCUACAUCUACUUCCCUACGGUUGGCUUCCCUUGCCACAUUCAGAUUGAAGUAGAAUAUCAGUGAGGCUCGCGUAUCAUUUCCUUUAGAGCCGCGGGAACCGUUUUGCAGAACCCUGUGUGUGCUCUGAACAUACACACACAUACACACAUACUCAAAAAUAUCCCAAAAUUAAAGACAAACAAAGAAUCUAACGGUGCCUUACUGAAAAGUCAACUUACGUCUUUAUACAAAAGCAGCAUGUAGUGCGCGCAAAUGCGGCCUCUAGUUUUGGGUUUAGGGUUUUCGAUAUUUUUACGUUUACUUUUAUGGUUUGUUACAUUCCCUUACCACCUUAUCUCCCACCCAACGAAAGCAAAGGAAAGCUUGCAACACAAAAAAGCAAAAACAAAAAAACAAAGCCCUCCGGUUUCGGGUUCUUGGAACUUCGUGAAUUUUCCACUCCAUUUUAUUUAGAAAAGCGACACAUACACAUGAUACCAAAGGCAAAUUUGUAUACAUUAGAAGAUUUUUUGAAUGUUUUUAAACAGAAGCGCGAUAGUUUGGUGGAGUUUGGUAACCACACCCACACACACUCUACACACAGGGGAAGAUAAUCAGCACGAACGAAUCUGGUAAAAGCUAAAAACAAAACCAAAUCUCAUAUGUCUAAGAAGGUUAUAGAUUUAAUUGCAACGUUACGUCUGACGUGGUUUGGGUACGAUUUACCUUAGGGCAGUGAAUUUCAUAAAAUCUAACAAAAAAAACCAGAAACGUUCAAUAAAAAGAGCUUUUUGUAUUGUGUUGUUUUUUAUUUCAUUUUUUUUUAAAGAGCUCCCUAAACUAUGGGUCGUGAGGGAGGUUAAAUCAAAAACUGAAUGUUCUCGAAAUGUGUGUGCAUUUGUAAGUAAAGAAAACAAAACAAACAGGUAUAAAAUAUUAAUACAGUUUUUGAACAUUAACAUAUAAAAUUAUGCGUGUGAAAGGAACAUAAGGCCAAGAAGAAUUUACUCACGACAAUGGUAACACAAAUUAAAACGUAAUUGCGGAUGUGCGCCAAACACUAACACAACAACAACAAAAUUAAAGUUCUUAUACCAAGCUGCUCCCAUGCCCGUUCCCUUGAUGGAACACCUCCUUAACUAACUCCUCUUAAAGAGUAGGAUAAAUAUAUUAGUAAAAAGGAUGAUCGCGAGAAAGAUGCCAAAACUGGGAGGGGGAAAAGCUGGCAGCAUUGAAAAAGCACACAUAAUCCCCGGGGGGAGAAAGCAUUUAUUAUGUUGUGUUUUAAUGAAGAAGAACAAAAAUCGAGCCGCACCGUAACGCUCGAGGGGGCGGGUGGUUUUUAAAAUUAAACUUUAAGUGGGUAGGUAGGUACUGUUUCCCGCCUUCCCGGAUCUGCGGGCCGGUUAGCGAAGGGGGACACACACGCGCAACCAUAAUUAUUAUUAUUGAUGUGAAAGCGCGCAAGGGUGCGCCUGGUGUUAGACAAACAAACAAGUUCAAAGCUAACCAAUUUCAUGAAAAGCAGCGUAGGUAUGGCACCAUGAAACAGGGGUAAAAAAAGAGAGAGAGAGGGAGACAGAGAGAGAGAGAGAGAGAGAGAGAGAGAGAGAGAG